UGAGCACCUUUGGACCACGUGAUUACUCAUGAAUGCACCCAUAUAAGAAAAAUCAACCUGGUGAGACAAUCAUUAAGAAAUGGAGCUGUUGUGGACGUGGACAAUAGUUUUGGGCUCUUUGACAUUGGUGCAAAUCUCUUGGACUCGACCCAUUGAUGAGGAUCAGCACCUGAUGCCCGAUGAUGUUAAGUUUGCUAAGAGCUAUCUAAGGAGGUUCUACAGUCUGAGCCUCGGAGGCAGAGACCACAGAGGUCCAACACGUAGGGUCAGGUCUGCGUCACCCAUGGAGGAGAAGGUCAGACAAAUGCAGAACUUCUUUGGCCUGAGCGAAACUGGAAUCCUGGACUCCAACACCCUGGAUGUGAUGAAGAAGCCCAGGUGUGGUGUUCCUGAUGUAGACAACUACAGCUUUUACCCUCAUCGACCCAAAUGGAAGAACCAUACCAUCUCUUACACGAUUGCAAAGUAUUCUCCAGACAUGAGUAGAGAGGAUGUGGAAAAGUCCUUCCGUUUAGCCCUGAAGAUGUGGAGCGAUGCAGCUCCUCUGAGCUUCAAUAAAGUCAACCAUGGAAAAGCCGAUAUUGUCCUCUCCUUUGCACGCAGAGCCCAUGGAGACUUCUCUCCCUUUGAUGGACCUGGAGGUGUGCUGGCUCAUGCAUUUGCGCCUGGAGAAGGGGUGGGUGGAGAUGUGCACUUUGAUGAAGAUGAAACUUGGACAACAGGGAGGCAAGGUUACAGCCUGUUUGCCGUUGCCGCUCAUGAACUUGGUCACUCUCUGGGUUUGACUCACUCCAGAGACCCCUCCGCUGUCAUGUUCCCCAAUUACAGGCAUCGCAGCAGCAAACAGAACACUCUGUCUACAGACGAUGUCCUGGGGAUCCAAACGCUGUAUGGGAAGCCCAAGAAAGUAGCUGAAACUCGGUUUACAGUCCCGGAGAAAUGUGACCCCGCGUUUUCAUUUGACGCAGCUGCAGUGAUCCAAAAUGAGAUUGUUUUCUUUAAGAACAGAUUCAUGUGGACGAGAACAACAAGGCAGACUUAUUGGAAUCGUCUGAGGGAAGGCCACAUCAGCACAUAUUUACCUGAUAUCAGUUCUCCUGUUGAUGCUGCUUAUGACAUUGCAUCCAAAGGCGUGGCAUACCUAUUCGCUGGUCAUAAGUACUGGGUGGUGCAACAAUUAAAGACAAGAAGUACAACUGGCAACAUCUCAGAGUUCGGUUUCCCGUCCAAUGUUAGGCAGGUGGAUGCUGCAGUGCAUGUCGCAGAACAUGGGAAAACCAUAUUUUUUACAGGCCAGUUUUAUUACAGGUAUGAUGAACACAAGAGUCAGAUGGACCCUGGCUUCCCCAGAUUUAUCCAAACAGAUUGGCCUGGAAUCCCGAGAAGGGUCGACGCUGCGUUUAAGUGGCAUGGCAGCAUCUUCCUCAGCGGGACAAAGUCCUACCAGUAUGACUUCAGACAGAAGCGGGUGGUGAACAUAAUUGCAGGAAAUUCUUGGCUGGGAUGCUGACUUGACUGAAAACCCACACUUUAUGUAGCUAAAAAAUAAACCUAAUAUGUAGUUGUUAAACAGAGAGUAUACUGUUGCAUGACUGAGCUUCUGUCUAAGCCAACUUCUGUACAAAGGAUAUACAGCUUUUAGGAUUUAUUGUGCAAUUUGAAAGACAUGUUUAGUAUGUUUUGUUUUAUGGGUUGGUUUUAGGGUUACAUUUUAUCCUAAUUUAGCCAUUGAGUUCCAAUUAAAAUCCACUUACUACCUGAAUAAAUGUCUGACAUUUGUGUAAAACAGGACACGUAUUCAUAAUGAACAUUGUGGAGCUUAAAUGAGCUAUAAGUAAGAUACUUACUGUAAAAUAAACCUAAAUCAUUCUAAU